GUUCUGUGCCUGACCUGGGUCUCCCUCAGGUAAAUAGCAGGGUCUGUACCUUCCAGAGUCCAAGAGAACGUGUUCUACAGGGGUUCGACUGGUAUUUUCUUUUUCAGGGGAUGAACAAUCAGUACGUCCGCCGGGAGGUCUUCUGCCGGAACACCUGUCACGAGCUCAAACGCUUCUGGGAAAGAGAAAUUGGCAAACAGACUUAUUACCGAGAAUCAGAAGAGCAUCGCCUGGGAAGAAGUGCACUGGGAAAGCUCAGAGAAGAAUGGAAGCAGAAACUGGAAACAAAGCUGAGACUACAGAACAAUUCAGAUGAGACAGAAAAGCGGGCCAAUGUUGGCCAAGAGCUUCACUGACACAAGAGGAUACAAAGCACG